ACAAAAUAGCUUUCUGAAAUAUGUGAUCUGUAUAAGAUAUCUAGGUCAAUUGGAAGCAGUGGUUCAAUGAAUUAUCAUUUUACAUCAAGGCGUAGACAACUAUCAGAUGGCUACAGUAACUGAGGAAGGAGAACAACGUUCAGUUGAUAGAAAGGAGCUUCCUGAUGGCAAGAAGUUCCACGUGUUUAUAUCCUACUGUGAAAGUGACAGAUUGUGGGUCAGAACAGUUAUACAACACUUACAAAAUGAUUAUAACUUUAAAUGUUUCGAACAUUCAGCAGAUUUUAUUCCUGGAAUGAAAAUAACAGAAAAUAUAGAAUAUGCUAUGUCCAACUCCGUGAAAACAAUGUUUAUUUUAACGGAGGAGUAUAAUAAGAGUUACUGGUGUCAAUAUGAAGUUGAAUUCGCUAUAUUAAAGUUGUUGGCUGAAAUGAAAGAAAAUGUCAUCAUUCCAGUGUUAAAGGAAGAAUGUGAGAUACCAGGAUAUCUUAGGCCGUUUACCUACAUAAAUGGCACUGGAGAUAUGAACGUAUGGCUUCCUAAGCUUGUAUUAGCCAUUGAAGCAGAAGGGGAACAUUAUAACCACGAAUUGGCAUUGAAUCGGGUUAAAGAUGCAGUGAACCGAAAUCGAAACUUGGAUCUUCUACAUGAGGAAACAAGUCAUAUUAGUUGUAGAGGACCUGUAUUUAGGUGGAAAUAUGUUCCAGAAUCACUAAGUAUACCACCAAUGAAGGUUAGCUCUGAGCUAUAUAACGAAAUUAUCAAGAAAAUUUCUUCCAAGCGUCUGGUAUUAGGACGGCAUUGCAGAAAUAUCUGGUGGCCAACGAUAUUGCUAGCCAUAGUCAUUGUCCUCCCGACAUUAGGUGUUGCACUUGCAUUUAUUGGUAUUUCAAUCAACGAAAGUGAUGAUAAUUUUAUACAGUUGAUUUCUAUCCUGAUGGUAUUUCCUGUUGUAGUAGUGCUGUGGUUAGCUAUGUGUGGCUGUUCAGAAUAUUGGGGACAACGUGAGAUGAGACACACUUUUCAAGAAGUUAACAGAAAACUUAUACCAAACAAGGUCAUGGUCACUUAUAAAAGACAACGAUUGACUGCUAAUUUUACAAUUUGUUUUCUUUUCUUUGACAUGACAACAUGUGUAAAUCACAUGGCAUCAGAACUUCACAACACGAGAAUCCGCGAGAAUCUUACCCGUGAUAUGGUAGUUCUUCCAAUGAAUGACGAUGAUGACGAGGCUCUAUUAGUUGGUACAAAUGAGGAUUCUGUAACAUGUGAUGAACAGGAGACAAUAACUAAUAGCCUAUUGGACUUAUCUAGUGCCUACCUUAUGGAUUAUAUGAAUGAAAAACUAGAACAUGCUGGGGACAAUAACAGACAUGCAACAAAAGCAAUAUGUAUUUGUCAAUUUGCUGAGUCACAGGAAAUUUUGAAAAAUGUCGAUGUGUGAUGUCGGAGAACUAGAAACAGCAUUUUUUUUAAAAUGAAAUGUUCAAAGCAAAUCAAAAUAAUGAUUAUAACAAUAUUUAAUUUAUAUGAUUAUUAUAUUCGUAAAAUUUGUAUACUUCUACUUCAGUUAUCAAAGUUACCAGGAUUAAAAUUAAGUACGAUAGACGCGCGUUUCGUCUACAUAAGACUCAUCAGAGACGCUCAUGUCAAAAUAUUUUUAAAGCCAAACAAGUACGAAGUUGAAGAGCAUUGAUUUAUGUUUUAUAUUUUAUGUGUGUACAUAUAUAGAUAAAUGUAAUAUACCUUUUUUAUAGUCUCUCAUAACUCUUUUUAGAUAGGUUCUUGUUUUAUAUGUGAAAUUGUUAUAUUAUAUAAAUGUUUUUAUAAAAGGUGUUUCGUCUACAUAAGACUCGUCAGAGGCGCUUAUGUCAAAAUAUUUUCAAAGCCAAACAAGUACGAAGUUGAAGAGCAUUGAUUUAUGUUUUAUAUUUUAUGUGUGUACAUAUAUAGAUAAAUGUAAAAUACCAUUUUUAUAGUCUCUCAUAACUCUUUUUAAAGUGGUUCUUGUUUUAUAUGUGAAAUUGUGAUAUGAUAUUAUAUAAAUGUUUUUACAAGAGGUGACAGAGACUCAAAUAAAAAAUAGUCUUGUC